UGGAAGAUGUUACAUAAUUAUUGACUGUUUUCUCCAUGCUGUACUUCCAUCCCUGUGACCAACUUAUAUUACGAUUGGGAAUUUUAGCGAGGGGGAAUUUUGUCUUUUGAGGAAUGUUAGCAAAAUCCUGUGUCUUUGUGUUAAAAUCAACAUCUGAAAAUGUCCACAUUUGUUUAAGUAGGUGAGCCUGAACCCAGAGCUGUACAUACGGUUUAUCAGAAUGUGUGGAGGUAAAGCCAUCUGAAGGAAAUUCAAGACCACAAAAUUUACUGACUGAAAUACAUUGUAUUGUUCAUACCAAGAAUAAGUGCAUUUGGAGAAAGAUCUUUUUAUUCUGCUAAAUCAUGAUGGAAGCAGAAGAGCAACAUCAGCCAUGGAAGACAACCUUCUACUCAGAAUUACCUAAAGUGGAACUUCAUGCCCACUUGAAUGGAUCUAUUAGUUCUAAUACCAUGAAGAAAUUAAUAGCCAAGAAGCCAGGUAUUAAAAUCCAUGAACAGAUGACGAUGAUUGACAAGCAAAAGAAAAGAACUUUAGAAGAAUGUUUCCAGAUGUUUCAAAUUAUUCAUCAGGUUACUACCAGCCCUGAAGAUAUUCUAAUGGUCACAAAAGAUGUCAUUAAAGAAUUUGCAGAUGAUGGUGUUAAGUACCUGGAACUAAGGAGCACACCCAGAAGAGAAAAUGCUACAGGAAUGACUACAAAGACUUAUGUGGCAUCUGUACUUGAGGGUAUAAAACAGUCCAAACAAGAAAACUUAGACAUUGAUGUUAGGUAUUUAAUAGCAAUCGACAGAAGAGGUGGCCCUUCAGUAGCCAAGGAGACUGUUAAACUUGCUGAAGAGUUCUUUCUUUCUACUGAGGAUAUAGUUCUUGGCCUUGACUUCAGUGGUGACCCUACUGUAGGACAAGCAAAAGAUUUCCUGGAACCCCUGUUAGAAGCUAAAAAAGCCGGCCUGAAGUUGGCAUUGCAUCUGUCCGAGAUUCCAAACCAAAAAAAAGAAACCCAAGUACUCCUGGAUCUGCUUCCUGACAGAAUUGGGCAUGGUACAUUUCUCAACUCCUCUGAGGGAGGAUCCCCGGACCUGGUGGACUUUGUGAGGCAACACCAGAUACCACUCGAACUCUGUUUGACCUCAAACAUCAAAAGUCAGACAGUUCCAUCUUAUGACCAGCAUCAUUUCGGAUUCUGGCACAGCAUUGCCCAUCCUUCUGUAAUCUGUACUGAUGAUAAGGGUGUUUUUGCAACAGACCUUUCUCAAGAGUACCAGCUGGUGGCUCAAACAUUUAAUUUGACCCAGUCCCAGGUGUGGGAUUUGUCUUAUGAAUCCAUCAACUACAUCUUUGCAUCUGAAAGCAUCAAGUCUGAACUGAGGAGGAAGUGGAAUCAUCUGAAGCCCAAAGUACUACACUUGUAAGCUAUGAUGAGAUGAACUACUUUCGAGGUGUGUUGUAACCAAGAUCUUCCCACCAUAUCCUACUUAGUAACCUGGGUUUUUAAAUAGAAUUAAAUAGUGUUAAGUUCCCUUAACACUCCAUUUGAAGCACAGCAGCUAAGCACCAUGGACUCCAACACCAGCACCUUACUUACGGUGGCCUCUGUUAAGUAUGUCUUCAACUGACUAGCAGACUCUGCAGUCUGACAUAGCUUACCUCCAUGCUGCUUCCUGGAAGGCCUUGCAUGUUCCUGCUAACUAAACUCCCUAUUCCACCAGUGAUUUUGACUUAACAGCCCCUCUCCAUCAGGAAUAUCAAAAUAAUUUCUCAUCAGGAAAAGUUUUAUAAUUACUAGUCAAAUAAGGUGCAGAGAGAGGGGAAAACAGAUUGCCCCCGAGACCUUAAACCUUCUAGCUUGUGACAAUAGCUCUGUAUUUUGUUGUGCUCACGUUAAUCAGACUUCCUUUACUCAAGUACUCCCCAAAGCUGCUGACUCCAGGCUACACUGCCUACCAUGGAUUUUUGUGAAUACAAUCUACUUUGGGUGACUCUAGUGACAGAUAAAGCUAACUGCUGAGACCUGGCUUUGUCCUUCUUGUGAUUAACCCCUCUGGAAUCAAGGUAGUCUUUUUUUUGUCUUAUUUUGACUAUAAUGGAGCUAUGCUGGCCAGACACUUCUUGAACUCUAGGGUACUUUAAGGUUUCUACUUCCAGCCUGUAAUCUGACUUCCAGUUGUUCCACACAUUUGUUUCUGGAAGAACCCCCUGGUAGGUAUAGGAGAAAUUUAAAUGCCUAACUAAAAUAUCUCCAUAUAACAUCGGUUUUCUGUGUCUUCAAGCAUCACGUUGUUGAGAAUACUUAGUAACAUUUUAUAUGUCAAAACUUUGAGACCUACAUCUCACUGGAUAGCUGUUUGAGUGUGUAAGAAUAAAGUUUUCAUUUUAUAUUUUGAAAUAGAUAAUGGAGAGAGAAUUGGUCCAUCCUUACACUC